UUCCAUCCCAAGCCUUACGCAUGUGAUCCAUCGAGCUUGCCAAAAUAUCCACCAAACAAAGAGAUUGAUGCUAAAUUCCGUGAAGAAGUGCGAAGGAGGAAGGUCACUGCCGUGUCUAUGAAAUAUCCAAGAAGAGUGCGUAAAACUCAUCAAGAUCCAACUAGUUUUGGCACAGUAAUUCCAUCUGAGGUCGUAGAGGCAAAUAUUCAAGUUGGUCGAAGACACCAUGGAGGAGGUUCCCAUCUGUACAAGGGAGGACGAGCUACUGUGUCUCGGAUGUCAGCCAAGGAAUAUUAUGAUACAGUGUCAGAAGCUUCUCAAAUGACAGAGGAAUCUCAAGCAGAUAGCGUUAAAACAGUCCCCGUGCAAAUCACAGCGUCUAGCGGCUUUGCAUGGGCAAAAAAGCGAAAACAGGAAGCCGGAAUGACAAGAUUAGGUUAUCGUACUUCAAGAAGUCACAAUUUGGGUACAAAUUUAGGUACAUUAGACCUAUCCAGAGUAAUGCAUCCACAAGAUACUUUGGACGCUGUAGUCCAAGAGUUCGACGAUGUUCCCAGCAAGGUCCAAUCUGACACUCGACGACCUGCUGAGAACGCCAAACAUGUGACGUUCAAACAACAAGAAAUCCUGCUCCAUCAACAGGAUUCUUUUGAUCCACCCGAUGCAUACGAACCUCAAGAAUUAUCAAUGCAUCAAAAUAAGUUGAAAGGGAGGGGUGGAUUCUCAGGGCCACUGUUAUAUCCGUCUCAAAGAGCGGAGGCAAGUAUGAAUGGCCAACCUCGUCAUGAUGUUCGUAGGUCCCGCUUUUCUCGAGACUUGUAUUAAACACUACCAGGAAUGCACGAUCCUGCACAACCUCGGAUUGCACAGUGCUGCACGGACUAUGAUCUUUUCAUCCCACUGUUAAAAGUUGUACCAAUGAACUAUACGAAAACCAGACACAGAUUCGUUCAAAUUACUACGUAAAAGGCUUGGUACGAGAAAAUCAGAAUCGCGCAAGAAAUGGUAGGUACAUUGUCAAUUCCUAUCAAUACGGGAAUCAUUUUGAAAUAUUUUGGCCGAAAGAUUGACCCGAUGACAGCAACAUAAUGUAAAGAUUAGCCUUCUCUUUCUUCUCUAAUUGUUACUAGAGAUGCUUCUGCCCGAUAAGUCUUUCCUCAUUUAUUUUCACAUUCGCCCAACUUUUCCAUUGCACUCUCUGCUGUACGUUCAUAUUAUUUUUUCGUUUUUUAUUUUGAAGGAAUGUGAACUUUUAGAGUUGCUAAGAAAAUGAUAUUAUUUUAAGUUUUAUUGUAAACUCUGUUUUAUUUUGAUUCUGAUGAACAUUUUGAGGAAGCAACUUCUCACAUUCCUAUAGUC